AGCGCGGUGACCAAUGGCUCGGACGGAGACCUCCCGCCAGGAUUCAUCUACAAGGUGAAAGCGGUGCAUGAAUACGUUGCCACUGACGGCGACGAGCUGGAGCUGAAGGUGGGAGACUCUGUGCUGGUUCUGGCCUUUGAAAACCCGGACGAACAGGACGACGGCUGGCUCCUGGGUGUUCAGGAGACUCACUGGUUGCAGAAGAAAGAUAUUUCAAUCAAAGGUGUUUUCCCUGAAAACUUUACUCAGAAGGUUUGAGGUUCAUGCAGCAGAAGUACUUUUCCCCAAACUCUUCAGAAUUAUAGAUAGAACUGAGUUGAAACGUCAGUAAAUGUGCAUUCACACAACAAAGUGUAUCAGUGCAUGAUUCCAAAUAUGCGCUGGACAUCUAGACGGCUACGGUCUCUCAUGAAAACAUAGAUAACUUAUUAACCCAACUCCCUUUUGGUCAAUGAAGCGCAAUCCUCUAAAUUAAAUUAAUAAUAUUGUUUUAAUUCCCUUUCCUGAAUUAUUUAUAUGCUAAACUCAAACAAAACUCAUGUCAUGAAUGUAUUGAAUGAAUGUCAAAAUGUUUUAUGUAUCGUCAUCGGGUUUUUGGAAAAAAAUAUAUUAUGAGAACUUUUCACGGUUCCUUGCAUGAAGUAUUUGAUUGUAUUGUCAUUUAUUUUGUAACACUGUGACGACGGGUGGCUUUGCUGGAAGAAAUGUGGCUCAGAUUGAAAAAAAAGCAGAUGACCCAACUCAGAGCCCUGGGGAACGCCACAGGUUUAAACAACAUUAUCAAAAUCUAUUACAGUUUCUUGUAGGACUUUCAAAAGGGAACAUUAGUCUUUCAUUUAUUUUACCGGCCAUUUUGAAGACAUGACCUAAAGUGUGGCUUACAUUUUCUAACAACUUUUAUUUAGAUUUUUGAAUCAUCUUUACGUUGAUGGGUAAAACGGAUAACCCCACACAAACUGUAUUUUUACAUUGUGUGGGAUUAACACAUAAGGAAUCAGUCCAAGUGGUUAAUGUCGCACCAUUUGUUGGAUCAAGUCAGUGUCAUUAAAGAUGAAUAAAACAA